CAAACAUACUUGAUGUGUUUGUCCCCAGGGUGCAGCAAACAUUUGAUACAAAAGAAGAAGCCUACCUCUUUUACCUUGACUAUGCAAAGUUGGCUGGUUUUAGUGUCAGGACAAAAAGGACUAGUAAAGAAACCAGACACUGGGUUUGCAACCGUGAGGGGUUUCUGAAGCCAGGUCAAGAGAAUGAGGAGCCUAUGACAAAUAAGACAUCGAUGAGAAUUGGUUGCCCUGCUUAUGUGAAGGUGAAGGAGGACAAGAAGCGCAAUAUUUGGUAUUUUCAUCAUGUUCAGGAAGCACACAAUCACAAACUUGAACCCUCACCAAGGAUGGUGAGAUAUAUGCAUUCUCAUAAGCAGAGGGAGGCAGCGUUGGAUGACCUGUUUGCAAUCAUGUCAAAGAGUGGUGUGCCAACACAGGCAGCAAUGAAUGUAAUGUCAGAAUUAUUUGGAGGCCGUCAAAACUGGCCGUUCACAGAGAAAGAUGUCCAUAACAAGAAAGCUGAGCAAGCAAGGGAGGAGAGGGAUGGUGACAUGGAUAAACUGUUCCAAUUUUUCAGGGAGUGCAAAGAACACAAUGAAUACUUUUACUGGGAUGUGGAUUUUGAACCAAAAACAAAUGUGCUUCGGAGCAUUUUUUUGGUGUCAUGCAAGUCAGCGUGCAGAAUACAAGGAUUUUGGGGAUGUAGUCACAUUUGACACAACACACAAGACUAACAACAAGCAUAUGCCGUUGGCCAUGUUUGUGGGUUGCAGCAAUAAUUUGAAAAAUGUAUCCUUUGGCCAAGCACUUCUUCGGGAUGAAACAAUAGACACAUUCAGAUGGCUUUUUGAGACCUUUAAAAGUUGCAUGGGUGGUCAGCAACCUUUUGUGAUUCUUACAGAUGAAGAUGCAGCGAUGAAGGAAGCAAUAAGGAUUGUGUUUAACAAGACACAACACCGAAAUUGCCGAUGGCACAUAACCAGAACAUGGGAUUACGAACUCGAGGGGCUGUACAAAUUGCACAAUGAUAAUAAUCUAAAGGAGAAACUGCAGUCCCUGAUAAACUAUCCUCUGGGGCCCACACAAUUUGAGGUGGAGUGGAAUAAGCUGGUGGAUGAAUGUGGCAUAAGAGAACACCCUGCAAUUGUUGCAUUGUGGCAGAAAAGGAAGAGAUGGAUAGCAACAUAUUUCAAAGGCAUGUACUGUGGGCGAAUGACUUCCACCCAGAGAUCUGAGAGCCAAAACAGGGUUUUGAAAGAUGGUUAUGUUAACAAUGUGACAAGCCUGCAUAUAUUUGCAAAGAGGGUGCUUGACUCGAUUCAGCACACAGACCACAUGGAUGCUGGGGAGUCACACUACUCACAGACUGAAGUUGUCAGAGCCUGCAAAUCAAGAUUUGAUGAGCAACUCAGCAGGGUGUACACCAGGGCUGUGUACAAUGAAUACAAGAGGGAAUAUAUUAACAGCACAGCUUUUGUGAUAGAGCCUGAUCCGGGAGUGGAAUGCGGUUACUUGGUGAAACAUGAGAAAGGCGAUGGGACAUUUUGCUGGGCACAACACGCAUUCAAGGUGGUGGCUGACAAAGCAGCAGGCGUGUAUAAAUGCGAAUGCAUGCAGUGGGAGCAUACAGGUCUGUUCUGCAUGCACAUAAUAAAGGCAUUCACCUACCUCCAAGUCCAAAACAUACCUGAAAAGUACAUUCUGAAGCGAUAUACACGUAAUGCAAGAUCUGUGGUUCCGUGGGACCGGCACGAUGUGAGUGUUGGUGGUCAAAAUGAGACAGAACAGUCAAGGUUGUCGAAGCUGCUGCCAAAGUUAAUGCGACUGGGAAGAGCGGGAAGCAAAUCUGAUAGAGCAUACACUGAAACUAUCAGGCACAUCGACAUGAUAACUCCUGGGAUUGAGCUUCUACGAACAGCGGAGAUUGGUCCGAUUGGUCCGGACGAAGCAACAAAUACUGAGUUGCAGCAAGAUGCAGAAGGACGGCGGAAUAUUGGUCCCAUUGCACCAACACAACAAAGUUCUGACAACAAUAUAGAACCUGUUGUGAUGCCAACUGGACCUACACCACCACCAGAAUCGGGACUGAAUCCAGAUUCUGCAAACUGCCUCACUGAUCUAAGAUUGACUGAACCGCCAGUGUCGCGCACGAAGGGGCUCCACCUCGCCGGUGGGUACAGAACACAAACAUAUACAUUGGUUGCAACUGCAAUGGCUGGGAUUUUUCAAACAAUAUUGGAAACUGCAGUUUAG